CUCUUCCACAAACUGUGACAAGACGGGAAUGACUGGGUGUACAUCUGUGGCUUUUUCGUUAAAUACGUUUCUCUCUACCAAUGGACAUGCUUUUCACUCUGGUUGUUCUUCUACAAGCCGUGACUACAGCACAGGCCAUCGAUCCCUGCUCAGCGUAUAUCAGUUUGAAUGAACCAUGGCGGAACACUGACUACCACGUCAACAACUCUGCAGGAGUCCCUCUGUGCGACCGGCAUGUGGCGGGAGAGUGGUAUCGCUUUACGGGGAUGGCUGGGGAUGCUAUGCCAACCUUCUGUAUCGAGGAGAACCACUGUGGUACCCAUGCUCCCAUCUGGCUGAAUGGCACCCACCCUCAGCCUAGCGAUGGCAUGGUCACCCUCCCAGCGUGUGCUAGCUUCAAUAAUAACUGCUGUCACUGGACAGCUAGUGUGGAUGUAAAGGCCUGUGCUAAGGGUUACUAUGUGUACCGCCUGCCCCGACCCUCCAUCUGCUUCCACGUCUACUGUGGCCAUUUCUAUGACAUAUGUGAUGAGGUGGAGUGUAACGGAGCUGACUGUCCUGUCGAGCCAGAAUGCCGCUGUUCUGAGGGAACGGUUCUAGGCCCGGAUGCACAGACAUGUCUGGAUGUGAACGAAUGUGAGAAAGGCGAUGGAGGAUGUGCAGAAAUAUGCAUCAACACCAAGGGCUCUCGUCGAUGUGAGUGUGGACCAGGUAAAGUACUGCACGAGGACGGGAAGAGCUGUAAAGAGACUGCUGGCUGUGACAAUGUGAAUGGAGGCUGCAGCCAUGGAUGCUUCUUAGAGGAUGACUCAUAUUACUGUCAUUGUCCCCGGGGUCUGACGUUGGGAGAUGACAAACGGACCUGUCAAGUCCCUGUGCAGUGUGAUCCUAGUUCCAUAGAGGUCUCAAUUCCCAAAGAACUGGUGGGAGGACUUGACCUCUUCCUGUCUAACAGCUCCUGCCGGGGCAUUUCCAAUGGCACCCACAUGAACCUCCACUUUAGUCUGAAGACAUGUGGCACUGUGGUCCAGGUCAUUGAUGACAAAAUUGUUGGCACCAACUUGGUAAUAGGUUUGCCACGGUCUAGUCCCAGCAGCAAUGGGGACUUGAUUGUGCACACCAGUAAACUACUGCUGCCAAUUACGUGUGAGUUUCCACGGCAGUACGAGGUGUCGGAUGGCUACCUGCCCAGUCUGCGCAACACAGCACUCGAGUUAGCGGGCCACAGUGAAGGAAUAUUCCCCUUCAGUUUGGAGCUCUUCAAAAACGCUGAAUUUUCCGAGGCAUACAACCAACCUCCUCAACUGCAUUUGCGUGAUUCGCUGUACUUUGGCGUCGAGCCUCGAGAGCGGGUGGAUGGCCUUGCUGCUUUUGUAGACAGCUGUUUUGCCACCCCUGGUCCCAAUGCUGACCAGGCCUUAAAAUACUACCUAAUCAGAGAUGGCUGCAUUUCAGACAAUACGGUGCAUCAGUUUUCGGCUAAAGAUCAGCUCUCCAAACACUACCAGGUCCCUGUCUUCAAGUUCAUUGGCAAGGACAACAGAGAGGUGUUCCUGCAUUGCCAUGUGCUGGUGUGUGGGCAGGAACAAGGGGAAUCUCGUUGUACACAGGGCUGCCGAAAGCGCUUGAGGAGACAUCUCUGGACUGACCAGCACCAAGAGCGACACCUACUUUCCAGUGGAUCCAUUCGCAUACUGCCAGAUCCAUGAGACCACACACACCUAUAAAAUCUCUUACCCACAACGCCAUCUACAGGCUACUUUACUGUAUUUAAACACAUCCAUACUGCAUACAGUAUCUGCAGUAAUUUUACAUUUAUGAGUUGCAUCAGUUGCUUCCUUCCACUACUUCCGACAUUAUAUUUACUAUAUAAAGCCUCACUAGAAAAUAUGUCUUUCCAUGUGCAUGCAUCUACUGUAGGUGAAGUAUUGUGUAUGCAAUUAACAGUAUAAGCCUAGGCAUUUCAAAAAAGGUUAGACCAAGUGGCAUUUUACAGUUUUUAAUGCUAAUUUGCAUAUACGCUCACACUGUUUUACUGGGGAAAAUAAAAUGAUUUUACAGCCAAUUAAAUUAUUUUUGUCACAGUCUGUAGUCAUAUUGUCUCUCUCAGUGCAAUACACAUUCAUGUGUGUUACUGUUUAACACCCAUUCUGCAUAAAUAUCAUAAAUAUCUUACGGAGGUUCAACAAUCAUAAUAUUUUGAUUAUUUCUAAACAAAACAACUUUAGUUUGGAACAAAGUUCCGUAAUGAUAAAUUAACUAGUAGCUCUAUACUAACACACUGUCAGAUAUUGUAGGAAUUUUGUAUUUCUUUUAUUUUUUAAUGUAAAGCAAGUGAAUAUUGUUUAUCAAAUUGGACAUAUGACGUUGUCACAAACUAUAUAUUUUAUGGAUAUUGUCUUCCCAUAAAACAAACCUACACAAAAUCACACACUGCAAAUUUGUGGGAUAGACACUUUCACACAUACAACAUAAAACUUUUUUAGUUUCCACUGAUAUAAAACUAAUUCACUAGCACCAGUUCAAGGGUUAGUGGGUGAAUCUCACAAAACGUGUCAAGAAAAGGUAAUAUUU